AUGGGAGAGGAAAUUGUGGAUCAAAGGAAUGGGCAAGCUAGAGCUUUAAGGGAUUAUGCUAUGCCCUCUAUUCAAGAAACACCCUCCGGCAUCACCAGACCAAGCAUAGGGGCAAAUAAUUUUGAGAUUAAGCCAGCUAUUAUUCAAAUGAUUCAAAUCUCUGUUCAAUUUAGCGGGUUACCGAACGAUGACCCCAAUGCUCACAUAGCUAAUUUUUUAGAGAUUUGUGAUACUUUUAAGCAAAAUGGUGUCUCUAAUGAUGCAAUUAGACUUAGGCUAUUUCCUUUUUCAUUAAGAGAUAAAGCUAAGUAUUGGUUGAACUCUUUGCCUGCAGGGUCCAUUACAACAUGGGAUGAUUUGGCACAGAAAUUUCUCAAUAAAUUCUUUCCACCUGCGAAAACUACAAAGAUGAGGAAUGAUAAAACCAAUUUCAUGAUUACUAUUGAUGCAGCUGCAGGAGGAGCUUUAAUGGGAAAAGAGAUUGAUGAAGCGUAUAACCUUCUAGAUGAGAUGGCCAACAAUAGCUAUCAAUGGUCAUCUGAAAGAUCUAUGCCAAGAAGAACAACUGGAGUACAUGAGAUUGAUGUGAUGACAUCAUUGAAUGCAAAGGUAUGUGAGAUUUGUGCGGGUCCUCAUGUUACCCAUGAGUGUCAAGCCGAGAUAUCUUUUAUACCUCAACUAUCUGAGCAAGUCAACUAUGUGGCUAAUCAAGGAGGAAGACAAUUUAAUCCCAAUGCAAAAACACUUACAAUCCAGGAUGGAGGAAUCACCCCAACUUUUCAUGGUCCAACAAUCAGAAUGUGUUGA